AUGUGGGCCACCCUGACCGCGGGACGCUCCUCUUCAGCUCUUGGUGCCCCUGUCCUGGUCCCUCGGAGAGGGCUCCAGAACCCCACUGCCCAGACUCCAGGACUCCCUCAUGGCCGGGGUGGGCCCCAGUGCAAGGGACACAGGAGCCCCUCUCGGGUGGGAGUUCCCCAGAGGCUUCCGGGGGAGAAGGGGGUGGGGGUGGUGAAAGCUGAUCUCUACUCCAGGGUGUGGCCCCAAAGCCAGGAAGGGAUAAAAGCAAGAGAGCACAGCCCCAUUCCAGAGACCGAGGGAGGAAGGGUCGAGGCAUCAGCAGCCCCCACCUGGCAUCUGCGACACCAAAGUGAAAUCCAUGACAUGGCACUCCCCAAGACCUUGCUCUUUUCCCUGUUGCUCCUGGUGGCGACAGACACCUUGGCUCAGGAGGCCAGGGUCCCAGGCUGCUACCUGCACCCCAUCAACGUGACUGUGCGGAGUGACCGCCAGGGCACCUGCCGGGGCUCCCACAUAGCUCAUGCCUGCGUGGGCUACUGCGAAUCCAGCGCUUUCCCUUCCCGGCACUCAGUGCGGGCAGCCAGCGGUUACCAGCACAACAUCACCUCGGUUUCCCAGUGCUGUACCAUCAGCCGCCUGAGGAAGGUGAAGGUGGAGCUGCUGUGCCCCAGGAGCCGGCGGGAGCAGCUGGAGAUCUUCACGGCACAGGCCUGUCAGUGCGACAUGUGCCGCCUGUCCCGCUACUGAGGGGUCCUCGAGCCUUCCUUCCUGGCGGGCCGCCGCUCAUCCCCCCCCCAACCUGGUCCCGGAUGGAGGGACAGUCAGGACAUCUGGGUUCUGAGUCCCUGGCUCUGCUGAUGAAUUCCAUGGGCGAUUUUCAGGAAGUCGAUUCCCCUCCUGGUUCCCUUUCCCACCAAGGCCCUCCCAGCUCUGACUGUCCACAUUCAUCUCUACCCUUCUCUGUCCUCUGGUCCCCCUAAGCUCCUGGCCCCUGGCCUGCCUGGGCAUCAGGCUUCGUGCUCUCUGACAUGGGGGGAACCCCCAAAUAAAGUGACCAGCUCUGCA